CAGCAGGUGCGUUGCAUCUUUAGCUUUUCGCUUCGGAGCCGAACGGUUGUUCUCUGCUGGAAGUGUAGAAAGACGAGUCUCUGCAGGACGAUCUCUUUGGAUGUGGAAGUGCGGGCGUACAGCACAGCAGCGGGGUCGAAUCCUCUCCAUUUUUUCCUUUUCUUCUCUUUUUUUGCCUUUUUUUCUGAGCAAAAGAGCUGAAAAGGCCAUUCUCACGGCUGGUAAACAGGGAGCUUAAACUGUGAGUAAAAGCUGUUUUUACGGCUGGUAAGAGCGUUGGAGAGAGAGAGCACACGACAGGCUGCACAAAAUCCCUGUCCGUGUUGCCGCGGCCGUUCCCCUGCGUGCUUCAGCACUUAUUAAAAGAGUAAAGUCCCUAAAAGAGCUUACACAAGUAGAGCUUGCAUCUUUUUAAAGAUGACAUUCUACUUGUGUGUUUCUGGGUGCGGUCGUUACCUGGCGCCGAGGGAUGGUCACGAGCGUUGCAUCGCGUGCCUGGGCUUAGUGCACGCUGAGGCAGCGUUUGUGGAUGAGUCAUGUACCCAUUGUGGGAGGAUGACCAUCUCGGAGUUGCGGUCGAGACUCCAGUUCCUGCAAAGGGGCGGAGUCCCAGUGCCGCUGCCUCGUUCCAGUCCUCCUCAGAGGGUUGCUGCGAGCAGUGGCACUGGUGACCUGAGGAUUACAGUGAGUGCGCUUCCUUCAGGGAACCAACCCCCUAGGAACCCUCACUCCUCCUGCACUCCGCAGCCAGUAGAGCUGCCGGGGGAGCGCGGUGGGCCAUCUCAAAGGUGUGUACCAUCCGUUUCCUUCGGCGCUCCUCCCGAUGACCAGAUGUCGAUAGCUGCAUUGGAGGGUGAGUCAGACCUUUCUGGAGAUGACACGUCGGCGCAGUUGCCUCCUUCGGGUACGGUAGCUGUGCCCGACACAGAUCCGGAAAUGAUGGCUAUGCUUUCCCGAGCCACCAACAGGGUCGGGCUCGUGUGGAAUCCUCCCGAGCCACGUCCCUGCGUUCCACCUCGCUGCCCCACUGCGGGUCCCCUUGGUCCCGCUUGCGCGCUCUCUGCGAGCCUGGUUAGCGCUCCCCAGUCCGUCUCGCUGGCUCAUUCGGACCAUCAGGCUCGGCUAUGCGAUUCAGUUCGCCCGGCGUCCCCCCAAGUUCAGAGGUGUCCACUUCACUUCAGUGAAAGCUGUCGAUGCCCAUGUCUUGCGUGCGGAGAUCGUAGUCCUACUGGCGAAGGACGCGAUAGAGCCGGUCCCUCCAGCCGAUAUGAGGUCAGGGUUUUACAGCCCUUACUUCAUUGUACCCAAGAAGAGCAGUGGGUUACGACCGAUCUUGGACCUGCGAGUUUUGAAUCAGAGUCUUCACAAGCUACCGUUCAAAAUGCUCACGCAGAAACGCAUUUUCGAGUGCAUCCGUCCCCGAGAUUGGUUUGUAGCGAUCGACCUGAAGGACGCGUACUUUCAUGUCUCGAUACUUCCUCGACACAGGCCGUUUCUGUGCUUUGCGUUCGAGGGUCGAGCAUAUCAGUACAAGGUCCUUGCCCUUCGGGCUGGCCCUGUCUCCCCGCGUCUUCACGAAAGUCGUGGAAGGAGCCCUUGUUCCCAUGAGAAAACAGGGUGUUCGCAUCCUCAACUAUCUCGACGACUGGCUCAUUCUUGCUCAGUCUCGGGAGCAGUUGUGCGAACACAGGGAUUUGGAGCUUGGUCACCUCAGCCAGUUGGGCCUUCAGGUCAACUGGGAAAAGAGCAAACUCGCCCCAGCGCAGAGGAUCUCUUUUCUCGGUAUGGAGUUGGAUUCGGUCGAACAGUCAGCACGCCUCACAGAGGAACGUGUUCAGUCGGUGUUGAACUGCCUGAAUACAUUCAGAGGCAGGACAGCCGUCCCACUGAAACUUUUUCAGAGGCUCCUGGGGCAUAUGGCAGCCGCAGCGGCAGUAACCCCGCUCAGUUUGCUUCAUAUGAGACCGCUUCAGCACUGGCUUCACGGCCGAGUCCCGAGAUGGGCGUGGCAACGCGGCACGUACCGAGUGGCAAUCACUCUGGAAUGCCGCCAAGCCUUCAGCCCGUGGUCAGACCCCUUGUUUCUUCAGGCAGGAGUGCCCCUAGAGCAGGUGUCCCGGCAUGCCGUGGUCUUCACGGAUGCCUCUGCCACCGACUGGGGUGCCACGUACAAUGGGCAUGCAGUGUCAGGGGUGUGGACGGGCCCCCGACUGCAUUGGCAUGUCAACUGCCUCGAGUUGCUAGCAGUACACCUUGCCCUGAGCCGCCUGAAGGGGCCGUUACGGGGCAAACAUGUGCUGGUCCGGACGGACAACACUGCGACCGUUGCGUACAUCAACCAUCAAGGGGGUUUGCGCUCCCGUCGCAUGUCGCAACUCGCCCGCCAUCUCCUCCUUUGGAGUCAGAAGCAUCUGAGGUCGCUUCGCGCCAUUCAUGUUCCGGGUGUGCUCUGAGGAAUUCCUCUGAGGAAGGAUCUGCUUUCUCAGAGACCGGGCACCCUUUGGCACCCGCGUACAGACCUCUGGAAACUCCAUGUCUGGUCCCUGGACGGGACGCGGAGGUUCUAGGUGACUUACCCCCUGAGGUACUUAACACCAUCACUUCGGCACGUGCACCGUCUACGAGACGUGCUUACGCCUUGAAGUGGAACCUGUUCGCCGAGUGGUGUGCUUCUCGCCGUGCCCGCACACGUCGUGCUUUCCUUCUUGCAGCAUGGGUUGGAGCGUAGGCUGUCCCCUCCACCCUCAAAGUUCAUGCUGCCGCUAUUUCCGCAUGCCACGACCUCAUCGAUGGUAAGUCUGUGGGUAAGCAUGACCUGGUCGUCAGGUUCCUUAGGGGGGCGAGACGGUUAAAUCCUCCUCGACCUCCCUCCAUACCCUCUUGGGACCUUGCUCUGGUGCUUCGAGCACUCCAGAUUGCUGCCUUCAAGCCUUUGCAGUCAGCAGACUUAAAGAUUCUGGCUAUGAAGACUUUGUUGCUGGUUGCAUUGGCCUCCAUCAAGAGGGUAGGGGACCUGCAGGCAUUUUCGGUCGACGAAUCGUGCCUAGAGUUCGGGCCGGGUGACAACCACGUGGUACUGAGACCCCGGCCUGGCUAUGUGCCCAAGGUUCCUACCACUCCCUUCAGGGAUCAGGUAGUGAGCCUGCAAGCGCUGCCCCCGGAGGAGGCAGACCCAGCCCUGGCUUUGCUCUGUCCAGUUCGUGCCUUACGACUGUACAUAGACAGAACUCGAAGCCUCAGGACCUCAGACCAGCUCUUUGUCUGUUACGGAGGCCAGCAGAAGGGAAAGGCUGUCUCCAAGCAGAGGAUGGCCCACUGGAUAGUGGAUGCCAUCGCCUUGGCUUACCAAGCACAAGGCGUGCCCUGCCCGCUCAGGUUGCAUGCCCACUCCACGAGAGGCGUGGCAUCCUCCUGGGCGCUGGCUCGUGGCGCCUCGCUGACAGAUAUUUGUAGAGCUGCGGGCUGGGCGACACCUAACACGUUCGCUAGGUUUUAUAGCCUUCGUGUCGAGCCGGUCUCCUCACGUGUUCUCACCUCAGGUCAGAGGCACGGAGAGGUCCCGGCUUAGUGUCGGCUUGCUGCGUUUCAUACGCUUAUUGCUCCAGAGAGUCCCUACAAGGCAGACCCUGUUGAGUCCUCCGAUCACCCUUCGGCAGCCAGACGUGGCGGAGCGUCCAGCGCCAGGCCUUUACUCCGCUGUAUCCUUGAGAACCGGAUUUAGGCUAGGGUCCAUAUGUGUGACCUUACGGGGAUCCCAUAUGGGGUAUUCCACGGGUUGCCCCUAGACAAACCCGUGUCUUUCCCUCUGGGAGAACCCACCUCUCGUCAGGUUGGAGUCACCCCAGUACUUCCAUAUGUAGUACAGCCCUACGGGGUUAGUCCAUAUGUACUUCUCCACAUAACUCCUUCGGGGAAGGAUGUGGCUUCCGCAGCGUUCCUUUCCAGUGAAAGGGUACGCUUUCCCAGUGUUAUCCAAAAGUCUCACUGAAUGGGUUUUGGGAACAGCAGUGAUCGACACUCUGUGGUUGCCCUGUCCCACCGUCCUUAAGCAAGGGGGUACAGGGGGCUGGCUACAGAGCGCUGGAAGGGGGCAGCUCCUGUUGCGCUUUGGUAGGGAUUCCUAUUCGUCGGUCAGUCCGACGUACGUCGAACGUGACCGACUGAAUGGGAACGUCUCGGUUACAUAGGUUGACAACUUAAAAAUUUGUCUUACAUACAAAACAUUAUGGUGGUUUUAAAAGCUUGAAAGCUCAAAUCUGCACUCACUGUAAUUGCAUGGGAGAAAAAAACAAGAAGUAGGCCUACAUCAGGGGUCACCAAACUGCCGGUGUCCUGCAGAGUUUAAUACUUGAAACUUCAAGGCAGGUGUGUUGAGGCAAGUUGGAGCUAAACUCUGCAGGACACCGGCCCUCCAGGACCGAGUGUGGUGACCCCUGGCCUACAUGAUUCAAAUGUGCUCCUUUUGUGUUCCAUUAAAGAAAGAAAUUUUAAAUAAAGAUUGAAAGAUUUGUCGGAAGCUUAGUGAUUGUGACAUUGACAUUGUAUAACUGUGGUGUAGUUCCCUUAGCCUAAUGACUUCUGGUCAUUGUAUUUCAGAAUUCAUUAAAUCUUGAUGACAAAAAUUGUAUGAAUGAGUGUUGUUAUUGUUAGCUAAAACUAUUCACAAUAAUUUUUGUAAUUGAAAGAAAGCUAAAAUUAAAUAUAUACAUAUUUAAAAAACUUGAACUUAAAAUAUGUAAAUUAGAACUGAACUCAACUAAAUUAAAAUAAGUUGAAGAAUAAAAAUAAAUUAAAGCUAAAUAGAAAAUCAAAACCUAAUGAAAAAUAAAUAAAUAAAACCUAAUAAAAAUGACAAAAGCACAUAAUAAAAUUACAAAAACUUAAACUAAAAUUACAAUUUAAAUAAAAAAAAAAUGACAAUAAAGGUUCAUUCAAAAUAUGAAUAAAUAAUAUUAUAGUAAAAAACAAAAUGCUAAAACAUCACUGGUAAGAAUCAUAAACUUUUGUUGUAUUAACUGUCCUUUUUUCAUUUUGAGA